UUCUCACCGAAUAGCCUGGGCCGUUAGAGUUUUAUACCUCGGUUGUGUUUUUCGUUUAUUUCCUCUUUUGGGGUUGUUUUGGGUGAGGGCUGUGAGGGACAAAGGGCCUGGGCCCUGCUUCCCAGCCCCUGGGGCUUCUGUUGCCGGUGAGAGCUGUGCAUUGACAGCCUCCUGGGUGACAGACCUCUGGGAAUCCCCCAAAAAUGAAUCCCCAAAAAUGAAGUGCCAGCACUGUUAGAAAGCAAAGGCGUGUGAUUUCUUUUGGGGAAUUUUGAAAACGUUUCACGUUUGUUAGAUUUUCAUUAGAAGAGGGAUGACAAAUGCUUUUUGAUGCUAAGAUUCAUCUUUAAUGAUGAAAAUAUGAUAUUUGAAUUGCAUGCCUCUGAUUUGUCUCUUUAGACCAACUCUGAUUCCAGGAAGGGGGCUGGCAGAACCACCUUGCUGAAGCAGAGACCGACUGCCUUACCCGAUCUCGACAAUGAAACACCCCGGCUUAUGCUCAAGAGGAUCAUCCGGACCCAACCGCAAGUUUCACCUCUGGCACCUCGGGUAUCGAGUCAUGAAGAAACAGAAGAAGCUCGGUCAGAACUCCCAUCUAGGAGGGUUUCCAGCAUGGGGGAAAUGCAACUGCCAGACCUUGUUCCCGAAAACACGUCUGUCGCUGCAUUCCAUAUGACUAAGAAGAGAAAGAAACUCAGCAUUUCGGAAUUUGAGAGAGCAGCAGACAAACGACUUCCUGAAAACCAAGCUCAGUCAGCAUUGGACAGCACUGCUUUGGCUCGAUCUCUUCGCGUUUCUCUUGGUUCCUUGAUCCCACCAGACACUGUUGAAAAGAGAGGCUUACUCCGCAGGCCAAAAUAUCGCAAAGCUAUUGACAUGGAAGCCUUUGAAGGGGGAGUGGAACAGAACAUGCUGAAGAGAAAAGCACAGGACUAUCUUGUGGACUCGCAAGCAGUGUCUGGGAUUCAAACAGCCCUGCUGGCAAGCGAUGCGGAAAUCAUGCUGAGUAACACGGAGCUCUUUGUUCAGCCUCAGUUGGAUGAACAGAGCCAAAACAAGCUUUCUGCUCUCGAACCACAGCUGUCAGAUUCCAAAACUGCAGCACAGAGAAGCAAGAUUUCUGCUGCAGCUCCAGAGGAAGAGAGGCUGGAGGGCCUGGUGUCCAGUGUGGGCACAAAGAAGGGAAGAACGCAAAGAUAUUCCGAGGACUUAAUCCUUGAUCGUGAGCACAUUGGCAGAAUGAGUCCUGUAUCUCCAGAACCACCCGCACACCAGCAAGAAGAGAAGCAAGGUCAUUCCCAGCAGAGUAACCUGAUGGAACAGCUUUCUGGUUCAGAAGAGGUGGUGGUUGGCUCUCCACAACAUCAUGCAAAUUCUGGCUAUUCUGAACAUUUGGAGAAGAAACCGAGCAAAAAAGCAGAAUUGGAGAUAACUGCAGCAGAGGAUGCCAGAGCCGAAGCAGAAAUGGCCCCUUCAGCAGAAGAGGGAAUCGCAGAAGGUGGUGUUGAACACCAGGGCUCUCCUGACGCUGAUCGUGAAAUUGCCAAAGGUGUUGAAGCUGGAAGUGUGGGCAGGCGUUCUCAUGCAUUUUCCUCUGAAAAAUCUGGGCUGAAGCCAUUAGAGGAAGCUAUUGAACAAGCAGAUGACCAAGCAGAUGAAUUAAAGGACCAGGCUAUUACACUAGAAUUGGAUGGUCCAGAAGAAGAGCCAACUGAGGAUGAAGCUGAAGACCCUGAGAGCGAAGAGGUUUCCACGAAGACGCCCGUGUUUGCCCGUGCUGCAGCCUACAAGCCUCUGCUGUCCACUCCACACGUUGCAAAACCUCCUGCUCCCAAGUUGUCGACUCCACGUCCUGCAAAAUCCGCUGCUCCCAGGUCUCCGCUGCAGGCUAAGCCUGUUCCAAAGAGCUCGGGAGCAUCACGGAGGAAAACACGUGAGCCUGCAGUGGCAAGUAGUUUGAUAAAGAAGAUAUUUAGCCAUUAUGUGAAAAUGCCAGUGGCCAGAGAUGCGUUCAAAAUUGUUGAAAAAUGCUCAGAGAGAUACUUCAAGCAGCUGAGCAGCGAUCUGGAGGCUUACACCACCCACGCCAGGAGGAAGACGGUGGAGAUGGCUGACCUGGAAGUCCUCAUGAGAAGACAAGGGCUGGUGACGGACAAGAUGCCGCUGCGUGUGCUGAUCGAGCGUUACCUGCCUUUGGAGUACAGGAAAGUCCUGAUUCCCGUUGCCAUGAGUGGAAAUAAAGUGAUCCCCUGCAAGUGACACUUCCCCUGUGGGCAGAGGGUGGUGGCUCGCAGAGCUGGCUCUGGGCUCCUCCGUGUCACGUCACCCUGGGACAGUUUUCCACCAGUAACGAGCGGGGCAAUUAAGAGUCGACCUUCUCUUGAACUGGUGCAGGUUGUGGCUCUCACGCCAGCCUGCUCAAUGUCACCAACUAUUAUUCCAAGUAAUCUCACUAUCUUGAAUUUUUUAUGCUACCUUUGGAUACCUGUACAGCUCUGAUAAAUAAAAUAGAUGUAUUUUGCAUGAUGGAAAAA